AUGUAUGACAACAUCUCUGAUUUCACAAGAUAUGAUGACGACCAUGACCCCGAACACGGUGAAGAAGAAGUUUUACAAACAUCCAUUAAGACAGGAAAGGUUUUAACACAAAGUCUCAUUAUUGACACCAAAGAUGGCGAAGUGGACGUUCUUCAAGAGCUGAAGAAAAAUACUUCUUCGGGAGGUGGUGGUAGGCAUGAACUUGAAAUAAAUGAGAUAGAAGAGAAAUUAGCCGAAAAAGCAGAUAAAAACCACGUUCAUUAUAUAACUUCAGACGAACAGAUUAUAACGGACUACCAUGGAUAUUUAACACGAACUGAAGAAGUGAAGACGGAAGACCCCAAUGAAAGAAGAUAUAAAUACAUUCGUGCUAAAGGUUAUGACAUAAGCUGUACUGUACAGUAUGACACGGGUAAAGCACCAGAAGCAUUUAGUUAUAACGAUGAAAUUUAUGCCUCUACUUUCUCUGUUAAAGGUGUAUUAGUUGAACCAAGAUUUACUUUGAGAGUUAAGUCAAAAAUAACGUUUGAAGAUGCUAUUAAAAGUAAAGCUGACAAAGUUGAACUCGAAGCAAUGAACAAAGUUUUGAAAUCUCAUAAACACAACAUCUCCGAUAUAAAUGAACUUCAAGCUACAUUAGACAGUAAAGCCGACAAGAACCAUACACAUAAAUUCUUCACUACUGUUAGAGCAGACGACAUAAUAUUGAACUAUACCCUUGGUUCAAGUGCACCUUUAGAGAAUCCAAGUACAAGCGUAAAAGAUACACUAAACUCCUUAAAUAGUAAAUGUAUGAACAUUGAAGGUCAUGCCAGAAACUUUGAAACCCAUGAACUACCAGC